AUGCUGACCUCGGGGAACGAUGGACGCAAGCUUGCAUGGGUGCUAGCGUUUUUCAAAGCUUAACCACUCGACCACUAGGAAGGCAACACUGCCUAAAAGGACGGUUUUGGAAGUAUCUCGUCGGGGUCUGUCCUUAGACGUGUUGUUUGGUCGGCGCACCCUCCUAGUUCCGGAGUAAGAAAACUCGCUAACCAACACCCCUGUGCGGAGACCCGCUUCCUUACGGAACGCUAUGGACUACUGCUGUGCAGUCGCAGCAAGAUGUUGAGGGAAGGUAGGGAAGUCUUGUUUUGUGGUGGCGAAUCGCCUGUAUUCGUUAUAUAGACUAUAUGCACCAUCCAUGAUCGCAGCAGCCGUGAAAAUGUGACCUCUUUUUUGUCCUGGUUGCUUUUGUACAGACAGCACUUCAGACAGCAGUAUGCUGUAGUCGGCAAUCUUCCGUUUUGGUAUAGAGUGGGACAGGGAGGGGGUGAUGCUACUGUAGUCGAACGGUGGGACGGACGUGCAGUUCAGUUUUUGGGCACGCAUACGGUGCUGCAGGGAUUUUUAGGUGUACCUCUUCGGGCUCUUGGAUACCUUGUUCUCGUUACAUAUGUGCGUGUUCUUUAGAUCCU